CAGAAUGACACGGGUGAUAAGCAUGCGUGCUCUAACACACACUGAUUUAGCUCCACACACUUUUGAGGCACUAAAUAAGUCUCAGUGAAAUAAUGUCCUGCAUGGGCCAAGUCAGUCUCCUGAUGAGAUGCGCAUAGAGGCUACAGCCUGGGCCAUUCCUCCGCGGUGCGUAAAGCUCUCUGGGUGUCUGCUGCGGGCUGGAUGUCCCUUCAUAUGUCGGAUUUAGCUGUGCAGCAUUACUUGGUGGAUCAGCGGAUUGUCCGAAAAGCUGGUGCAGCAACUUUUCCCUGCAUAUUUCCCCCCACCAGAAUAUGUCGUUGACCAACACAAAGACGGGCUUUUCUGUAAAGGACAUUUUGGACCUUCCUGACACAAAUGACGAAGAAGGAUCUAUCACCGGAGCGGAGGAAGACACGGAGGGAUCGGAGACCACGUCCACGACAAAAAACACUGGAGUUUUGGUGCAAAGUCCUCUAGAAAACGUUCCUAAUCUGCCUUUAAAGAACCCCUUUUAUGACAGUAGUGACAAUCCUUACACACGAUGGCUUGCUACUACGGACAGUAUUCAAUAUUCAUUGUUUCUCCCGUUUCUUGCCGCAGUGCACGGUCUAUCCGCCAGCUCUCAGGACUCGGCCAAGUCCCCGGAGCCGUCUGCGGACGAUGAAUCGCCGGACAACGACAAGGAAACUUCCAGCAGCGGCGGCAGCGACUCCGGCAAGAAACGGAAAAGGAGGGUGUUGUUUUCCAAGGCGCAAACCUACGAGCUGGAGCGUCGCUUCAGGCAGCAGAGGUACCUGUCCGCCCCGGAGAGGGAGCACCUGGCCAGCCUGAUUCGCCUCACCCCGACCCAGGUGAAGAUCUGGUUCCAGAACCACCGGUAUAAGAUGAAGAGAGCCCGGGCCGAGAAAGGUAUGGAAGUGACCCAUCUCCCUUCUCCCAGGCGGGUGGCCGUGCCCGUCUUAGUCAGGGAUGGAAAGCCUUGUCACACUCUUAAAGCUCAGGACUUGGCGGCCACUUUUCAGGCCGGGAUCCCCUUCUCGGCUUAUAGUGCCCAGUCACUCCAACACAUGCAGUAUAACGCGCAGUACAGCGCCGCGGCCACGCCACAGUUCCCAGCACAUCACUUGGUGCAAACGCAACAGUGGACUUGGUGAGAGAAAUUAUAGAGACUUGGCUUGGAGGCACGGUAGGGAGUUUCACCACAAAGCAAAGAAAAAAAAUAAAACGCAAAAAACAAAAGACUUUUCAUUUUUGCAGCUUGACUCAUAUAUAUAUACUACCAUUUUUAUUCGGGGCUCAUGUGUGCGCCGUGUUUACAUGUUUUCGUUAAGAGAACUGGGUCCGAACCUCUCCCUUAUAGAUUUUAUUGAGAAUGUCAAUGCUCUUCUUGUGAAUUUUUUUGUAAAGUAUGUUGUGUGUUGGUUGUAGAGAUGUUUUUCUCUUUUUUUUUUCUUUUGUCCCUUCGUGUUAUUAUCAGCACGUACGAACCACUUUAUAAUUAUAGAAAUUUUAAUUUCUUGCUUCUUUUAUGGACCGAAAAAAUAUUUAUGGCCAUGAAUAAACACUGGCAACUUUGCAGCUAUUUUCCUUUUGUUUUUAUUUCCUGUAAAUAUUUUGUGGCAAAUGUUUGCAACCUAGAGAGCUUUAGGGAGCUUGAAGCUGAAGAUUGGCCUCUAUAUAUUUACACAUUUUAAAAACAACGGGGGAGUGAUUUUUGGCAAAACGUUGUGACUACACAUAUGUAAAUAACAGUGUAGCCGCGCGAUGUUGGCUAAAUAUCCCACAUUUUUUAUAAGGAUUUUAAAAUAAAAUGCUGUGUUUUUGAAAAGAGGGUUUGGUUUAUAUAAGUGUCCAUAUUCGAUUUGAUCAUCUCUGAAAAGACAUCUAAACAUCACAAUGAAAGGCGAGGAGCUAAACACUAUAUUGUGGGACAGAAUGGAGCUUGACUCUGGGAAUAAAUCUCUAGCGCACUUCAGUUCUUUCUUUUUAGGCAAAUUUAAUCCGGAGAAUAUUUUUUCCCAAUCCGAACACCUCACUAAUAAAGAGCCUAAAGUCACUUGUGAAAUGGGACUAAAAUCCACUCACUUAGUAUAAGAGGGCUUCUUCACAUAAGAAGCCUUUGAGUCAAAAGCUCUCCUUUUUGUCAGCAUUCCCACUCCCGGCCUUGGGCGUAAAGUGGCAGACUGUGGGGGGAAAAUCGUUUUAAUGCAAUAAAUGUUUUGUUAUCUUGUUAAGCGCUAAACUGCAAAUAGAGCAGGAAUAAUCAAUGAGUCACCAGUCUUCUUUGUUUAACCACGGCCAACGGUCAACUAAAAUACGCACGGCUUAGAGGGGCUUUAACCGCCUAAUAAAGUUACUUUUCAUAUGAUCAUAUAACGUGUUAGCAAUGACAUUCCACGUUCAACUAUACUUUACUCUAAUAGUCACCAUCUUCUUUAAAGUGAAACCAAAACAAGCACAAAUGGCUCCCCAGUGACCCGUAGCGCACUGCGGAUUAUCAGAUCCAGUCAAUAUCUUGGGUAAAUAUGAUAACCUAGUAGAAAAAUCUAUGCAUCAUGUUUGUCCCGGGACAAAAAUCCCACAACAGAUGUUAGAGUCGCCCCUAUCAUCACUGAACAAACAGCCAAAUUGGGCAGAUUUGCUAAUUAUUUACAGAAUUGAGUCUCAAGGGGCUACUGCUUUUGUGGGCGACGCAGACUCAAUUUGUCCCGGACAGAGAGGUUUUGUGUUUCAACACUGGUUGAGCGUGUAGGUCAAAUAAAUCAGCAGUUUGCUUAUAUUUUUUCGUUUUUUAUGUAUUUGUGGAUAAACAAGAAAUUACGUGUUGCUUAUAUCGUGCCAAUCAUCGCCUAUAGCAAUAUGAAGUAUGAGGAGAAAUACGAUAUGAUAUGGGAAUUAUGAAGUAUAUUGCCAGAGGUGGUGAUGAAGGACUGGCUGUGAUUGGAUUGUUGUGGUUGAUAUUCUGGCUUCUUAAAAAAAAA